GUCAGUACUGGGUUUCCUCUCUUCUGGAGGUUGGUGCUGCUGUGUGCCUGAGGUCUCAGCUGUGCCUCACGACUUGCUGCUCAGAACCUGAACCACCCAGGGUCCUGCCAUGGACCUCCGAGGGAGACCAAAAUGCUGCUCGCUUCACCUUGGAAUCCUUCCCCUCAUAGUGGUUGCCUUGGUCUUCUUUGGCUAUGGAUUCGUGAGCCACAGAAGCCAGGAAUUGGGAGACUCAGAAGCUGUGACGAGAGUGGCUGUUGGAGAGCUGGAUGUACAGGAAGUUGUAGCCCUGUCAAGGAUUGUCUAUACCCAGCCAAAGGCACUGACACCCAGCAGGAAAGACGUUCUUGUCUUGACUCCUUGGCUGGCUCCCAUCAUCUGGGAAGGGACCUUCAACAUCGACAUUCUGAACGAGCAGUUCAGGCUUCAGAACACCACAGUUGGACUGACCGUGUUUGCCAUCAAAAAGUACGUGGUGUUUCUGAAGCUGUUCCUGGAGACCGCAGAGCAGCAGUUCAUGGUGGGACACAAGGUCAUCUACUAUGUCUUCACUGACCGUCCAGCCGAUGUGCCUCAGGUGCCCCUGGGAGCAGGACGGAAGCUGGUGGUGCUAACUGUGCGCAACUACACCCGCUGGCAGGAUGUGUCCAUGCACAGGAUGGAAAUGAUCAGCCGCCUCUCAGAGCAGCGCUUUCUGCAUGAGGUGGACUACCUGGUGUGUGCAGACGUGGACAUGAAGUUCAGUGACCACGUGGGAGUGGAGAUUCUCUCAGCACUCUUCGGUACCCUGCAUCCUGGCUUCUACAGUAGAAGCCGAGAGGCCUUUACCUAUGAGCGCCGGCCGAAGUCCCAGGCCUACAUCCCCCGGGAUGAGGGUGACUUUUAUUAUGCAGGGGGCUUCUUUGGGGGUUCAGUGGUGGAGGUGUACCGUCUCACCAAGGCCUGUCAUCAGGCUAUGAUGGAGGACAAGGCCAAUGGCAUUGAGGCCGUGUGGCAUGAUGAGAGCUAUCUGAACAAGUACCUUCUAUACCACAAGCCAACAAAGGUAUUGUCCCCAGAGUACGUGUGGGACCAGCAGCUGCUGGGCUGGCCCUCCAUCAUGAAGAAGCUGAGAUACGUGGCUGUACCCAAGAACCAUCAGGCAAUCAGGAACUGAUAGUUAAAUUCCUGUUGGAGAGCACAGGUCCUGGAGGCUGUGUAAAUUGGAAGGACUUGAGAGACAUUUAUGAAGUGUCCCCCUCUACCGCGCAUGAGAUGCCAGCAGACCCAGUACCACCUGUCUUACGACACACUAAAUCCCUGGACUGGUAACCACCUUCAGCUCCUAAUGUGUCCUUAUGCUCCGUCUACUCAGUAAGAUGGUACCAGGAGCCUCCAGAACAUAGGAGUAUCUAUGUUGUGCAGUUACAUGAGGGCCUGAACAUCCUUACUCCUUUUGUUUCUUCGCCUGCUGGAGAUGGCCAAUGCCCUUUGGAAUGGGUAGGAGGGCAGGGAGAAUCACAGCCUGCAGGCCUCAGAGGUGCUUAGCUCCUGUUCAGCUCAGCUGGCAGAUCAGCAUCCCACGACCAUCGCCUCUGCUCGUUUCUGGUUCAUUUGGGAAUAGCUAGUUAUCCAUCCUGGGAAAAAUGUAUGUCUGGAUGAUACAGGAAGUUUAAAUUUUUUCUUUUCUUUUUUUGAGAUACUUUGGAUUGAAACCAUGGCCUCAUGGAUAUUUGUCAGACAUGCUGUCACUGAAUUCCAGGUUCUCUCCUAGAGAUACAUGAUGAAACUCGCUUAGUGUUAGAGAUAUUUCAUUGUUUGUAUACUCCAGUUUUCAUUUGAAUUUGAAAUUUAAAGAGACUGUUAUCAGACUCA